UCAUCCGUCACAAAAAUGGCUGCGCUUAGAGUUUUUAGCCGUAAUAUACCGUAUUUACGACAGCAAUUCUCAGCAUUAUUAGGGAAUACAUCACCCUCAGUGAAAUUUAUUUGUUGUGUCGUAGUAAUAGGCUACAUACUAUCAUUUUCCGAAGAUGUUGUGAACGUCCUCAGUGUCACCCCAGGGUAUUUGUUGCCACCUUCUUUCCAACUUUGGUCCACUUUUACGUUCUGGUUUCUUGAGAUACACUUGUGGGAGGUGUUGAUCGAUAUAGUGACGGUGGGACUAUGUGGGAAGCUGAUAGAGCCGUUAUGGGGCCAAAUGGAGAUGAUGAAGUUCUUUAUGUUGACAAACUUCGGCGUCGCCUUCUUGACGACGUUUUACUACCUGGUGAUCUUCGCGUGCACUGGACAAACGUCUUACCUGUUCGACAUUCACGUGCAUGGUUUGGCGGGUUACUUGGCCGCCGUGAGCGUUGCUGUCAAGCAGAUUAUGCCAGAUCAUCUCCUGAUAAAGACACCAUUAGGGAAACUAACAAACCGGUCCAUGCCCUUGCUGGUAUUGAUAAGUGCUAUCAUUCUUUGGGCCAUUGGAGCUCUGGAGGGCACAUAUCCAUGCAUGUGGGGUAGUGGCGUGGUGCUCUCAUGGAUCUAUUUGAGGUUUUGGCAAAGACACAGCAGUGGAUCGAGGGGCGAUAUGGCUGAUAAUUUCAGUUUUGACAAUUUCUUCCCAACAGUCUUGCAGCCAGUAGUGCGAGGAAUCUUAGGCCCUCCUCAUCGCUGCCUAGUGCGACUAGGCGUGUGCUCGGCACAGCCACGACGGGUGCAUCUCGCGAUCAGCCCUCGCGGCGUCACUAUCUCCAUGCCUGGAGUGGAGCCACAGGACAUGGAGCGAAGACGGCAAAUCGCGCUCAAGGCCUUGAGCGAGAGGUUAUCGAAGACGUCAGAGCAGACGCGACAGAAGAAUUUAUCAACGAAAGUAAACAUGGAAAAUGUGAGAAAGAUGCAACAGACGCAUGUAAUUCCUCAGUUUCCCAGCGAUGCGGCGGAGACUGCACCACCCGCGCCCAUUGCUGAGGCGACGUUGGUGGAUCUUGGGGACCAAGCCCCGCCAAUUACGAAGAACUCAUGAUCCCA